GCCGGUUGUGAUCCGCGAUCUCUUGCAUCCAUUAAUGGCACAAAUCAUUUCUCGGGGUGUGAUUGUAUUGAUGACAUUGCGAUGUCAGGGAUGUCUGGGAUGUCAGGGAUGGUUAAUCACACGGGGAUAACAGGAAUGGCAACCGAAGGCUUUUGUGACUCUCAUUGUGGCAAUAAUUUCGAAAUACUAAUAAUCCUGAUGGCUAUAGCGGGCAUAGUGGGUCGUCCCGCUAUGGCCGGUAAUGUUAUCAUAUCAUUCAGAAUAGUGGACGAGGAAGAUAAAAGUCUGGCCAUGGCAUUCAUACCGUACCCGUUGGUGUAUGGGUGGGUAACUAACACGGCGUGCGAGGUAUGGGAGUCUAAGUGCGGCAAAACGGGUAAUUGUCUGGUGUAUGACGUGGAUAAGUUUCGCUAUAGACUGAUCGGGUUAACUCUUGGCUUGUAUUUCGUUGGUUCAAUAUUCGACAUAAUAGUGGUAUUCCUAUCGCACAGAAUCAAAAACCUAUACAACGAUGACGAGGAUGAGACAGACCAUCAUAUUAACAAACCAUCAAAUGAUCACAAAAAAUAAUUUUUUGUUUAUAAAUUAAAAUAGGUUUAGGUAAUUGGGAU